AUGACGUACUCCAAGGAUGAGAUGGCGAUCCACUGGCACCUGAACCAGUCCAUGUGGGGCAGCGACGCGGCGUUCAAGAAGGUCGUCCUGCAGCUCUGCUUCGGCGCGCCCAGCCAGGCGGCCCGCCCGUGGCGCCAACCGAACAACGUGCUCUCGCACUCCAAGAACUGCAAAUACACCAUCGCCUCGCAACCGUACAACGCGUUCGGCAACAACACGGUGUGGCGGCCGUCGCAGGACACGCCAGGCGCCAAGUACUUCGUGCGCGCGUGGGUUCUUAACUCCACCGACGCCUCAGCCACCAUCUCCGCCAACAGCGUCGCCUACGGCCAGAACACUGACCCUUCCAUGAACACUAAUCUCGUGGUUGUGACGCCAUUUGAUGCAGCAGCAGCAGCGGCGGCGGCGGCGGCUGGGGGUGUGGGAGCGCCGAGCAGCAGCAAGGUGACGCGGGCGCCGGUGCUGCGGUUGGAUGCGAUGGGGAGGGAAAUAGACGAACAUGGCAAUGUGGUGGAGCGGCCCAAAAUCGCCCCCGUUAGCACUCUCAAGGUGAACAUCAACAAGGCGAAGAAGGAGGCGUUCAAGAUCCUGCGUCCAGAGCUGGAGGAGGACCCGCACGACAGCCCCUUCUUUGAUCCGCGCAUGGCCAGCGAGCGCCUCAAGCUGGUGCGGCCUCGCAAGGCGUCGUUCCAGUUCGUGGAGGAAGGCACCUUCGCCAGACAGGCCGAGACCAUGCGCAUGCGGGCGCAGUUUGGUGUGGCGAGGCAGAUGGAGAUGGCGGCACGGCAGAGGGCCAAGGAGAGGGAGGCGGCGGAGGGGGGGGACAACCCCAACCUCGUGGAGGUGGGGCAGCGCCCCCUGCACCCCUCCGAGAAACCCAAGCCGCCUAUUCCGGACGUCGAGUGGUGGGACGCGAUCAUUCUGGCCUCGAACCAGUGCCCAGAGGAGGGCUCUGCGGUGGCAGCAGCCCUCAAGGCGUCCAAGAUCACCAUGUACGUCGAACACCCCGUGCCCAUCGAGCCGCCCGCCGAAGCCCCCCCGCCGCCUCCGCAGCCGCUGCGGCUGACCAAGCGCGAGCAGAAGAAGCUGCGGACGCAGCGGCGCGUGGCACGGGAGAAGGAGCGGCAGGAGAUGGUCCGGCAGGGCCUGCUGGAGCCUCCGAAACCCAAGGUGAAGAUGAGCAACCUCAUGCGCGUCAUGGCAGCUGAAGCCACGCAAGACCCAACCAAGAUGGAGAAGGAGGUGCGUGCAGCGGCGGCGGAGCGAGAGCAGGCUCAUGUGGACCGGAAUCUCGCGAGGAAGCUGACUCCGGCAGAGCGGAAGGAGAAGAAGGAGAGGAAGUUGUUUGAGGAGACGCUGGGAGGAGGGGUGGGUGGUGGAGGAGAGACACAUGUAGCGGUGUUUAAGGUGCGGCAUCUGCUGCACCCGCAGACGCGGUUCAAGGUGGAUGUGAACGCCCAGGAGAAUAGGCUGACUGGGUGUGCGUUACUGGCUGAUUCGUUUGCGUUGGUGGUGGUGGAAGGCGUGAGCAAGUCAGUUAAGCGGUACUUGAAGCUGAUGAUGAGGAGGAUUCACUGGGCAGACGCGGUGGCUCCUGGUGUGGCUGGGGAGGAGGAUGAGAGUAUUGGGGAGAUGGGAGUGAAAAGGGAGAACAAGUGUGAGUUGGUGUGGCAGGGCCUGAUUCCUGGAGCCGGGGGAGCGGCGCCGGCAACAGCGCCAGCACCAGCAGCAGCAGCGCCUGCGGCUGCUGCGCCUUCUGUAGGGACGCUGCCUCUCACGGGCGUCGCUGGCGCCAUGGCUGCAGGAUUCACAGGGCUGCCAGGCAUGCAAGCAGUUCCCGGAUCCAUGUUCCCCAACAUGUUCCCCUUCGCCGCUGCCGCUGCACAGGGAGGCAUGCCAACACAAGCCACUCGCCACGCGCGCCGGGUGUACGUAGGCGGCCUCCCGCCCAUGGCGAACGAACAGAGUGUGGCGGCGUUCUUCAACAACGCCAUGACGCUCGUCAAUGGCAACACCGCCGGACCAGGCGACUGUGUGGUGUACGUGUACAUCAACCAGGAGAAGAAGUUCGCCUUCGUGGAGAUGCGCACAGUGGAGGAGGCCAGCAACGCCAUGGCGCUCGAUGGCAUCAACUUCGAGGGAGUGUCGGUGAGGGUGCGGCGGCCCAGCGAUUACAACCCCUCAAUGGCGGCCACCCUCGGCCCCACGCAGCCCAGCCCCAACCUCAACCUCGCUGCCGUCGGCCUCACUGCCGGUGGCUCGGGCGGAGCGGACGGUCCAGAUCGCAUCUUUGUGGGUGGGCUGCCGUACUAUCUUACAGAGGAGCAGAUUCGCGAGCUGCUCUCCUCCUUUGGUCCUCUACGGGCGUUUGACCUGGUGAAGGAUAGGGACACGGGCAACAGCAAGGGGUAUGGCUUCUGUGUGUACCAGGACCCCAGUGUCACGGACAUCGCCUGCAUGGCACUCAACGGCAUGAAGAUGGGCGACAAAACGCUCACCGUGCGCCGUGCUACUGCCAGUGGCCAGGCCAAGCCCGAGCAAGCCAAUGUGUUGGCGCAGGCUCAGCAGCAAAUCGCCUUGUCGUGGCGCAUGGCUCUGACAGGAGCCAACACGGUGGGGCUGGGUGCUGCUGCUGUGCCGGGGGCUGCUGUUGACAUUCCCACCAAAAUCAUCUGCCUCUCUCAGGUGGUGUCACCAAAUGAGCUCACCAACGACGAGGACUACGAUGAGAUCAUGGAGGACAUGCGAGAGGAGUGCGCCAAAUACGGUUCGCUUGUGAAUGUGGUCAUUCCCCGGCCGCCAGCACCAGGCGCAACAGCACCUGGGGUGGGCAAGGUGUUUGUGGAGUAUGGCGACACAGCAGGAGCGCUCAAGGCCAAGGCAGCGCUGCACGGGCGCAAGUUCGGAGGCAAUGCAGUGGUGGCUAUCUUUUACCCCGAGGAUGCAUACGCCCGUGCCGACUACUCCAAGGUCUAA